AAAGAAAAUGUUAACUUUGAUGCAGUUAAAAAUCACACUAGCCUUACUGAUGCUUCAUCUGAUUCUCAUGAUCAGCAAGUUGUAAUUCCUGUUCCAAAAAAUCUAUUGGAAAAUUUCAAAUUAUUGAGAACGUCAUUUGCUAUUAUGAUGUAUAAUGUGUUAAAAGUUAUCAGACAAAAGCCUCCACCUCUCGAUGACCUAAAGGAGCUCCUGCGGCUUUACAUAUCCAGAGGUUUAGAAUCAAAGCUAGAUAGUUGUUCUGAUGUAUCUGGUGUAUUUCGUGUGAUUAUGGGAGAGUGUUCAUUGACUAAUAUUAGUCUGUUAGAAGCUGUAGUUGAAGAAUUUAAAGUCACUGAAGCUGAGGGUUACAUUAAAAAUUUCAGGACAACAUUGACAGAGUCCUGUAAAUCUCUAUCAGUUAGUUUUGGCCUGAAGGAGAGGCUCUCUCAUCAUCUUCAGUGUGAAACAAUAACAUUUGUCUUGGACUGGGAACCUGAAGAGCAUGUGUUGCAAGAUAUUAAAGAUAUUCUUGCCAAGAUAACUGGUAAACUUAUCGUGAUAAAGUAUAUUGAGCCAAGUGUAUGAUAAGUUUAUGGUAUUUAAUUAUUGUUAUUGAUAAUCUAUUAUUUUUGUCCAUUAUUAAUAAUGAAUGU